UGCGGAGUCCCGCCCCGCUGCCCCUCGAGCGCCCCCCACUUCGCUUCGGCCCGGAACCUGCGCCCCGAACCAGGAAGCACCUGGCGGCGGGCGCGGGAUGGCUGGGCCCGGCUGGGGUCUUCCUCGGCUGGACGGUUUCAUCCUUACCGAGCGCCUGGGCAGUGGCACGUACGCCACGGUGUACAAGGCCUACGCCAAGAAGGAUACUCGGGAGGUGGUAGCCAUAAAAUGCGUGGCCAAGAAAAGUCUCAACAAGGCGUCUGUGGAAAACCUCCUGACUGAGAUUGAGAUCCUCAAGGGCAUUCGGCACCCCCAUAUCGUACAGCUGAAAGACUUCCAGUGGGACAAUGACAAUAUCUACCUUAUCAUGGAGUUCUGCGCAGGGGGUGACCUGUCUCGCUUCAUCCAUACCCGCAGGAUCCUGCCUGAGAAGGUGGCUCGAGUUUUCAUGCAGCAGCUGGCUAGUGCCCUGAAGUUCCUGCAUGAACGAAACAUCUCUCACCUGGAUCUGAAGCCACAGAACAUUCUGCUGAGCUCUUUGGAGAAGCCCCAUCUGAAACUAGCAGACUUUGGCUUUGCACAGCACAUGUCCCCAUGGGAUGAGAAACAUGUGCUUCGUGGCUCCCCACUCUACAUGGCUCCUGAGAUGGUGUGUCAGCGGCAGUAUGAUGCUCGUGUGGACCUCUGGUCUACGGGGGUCAUCCUGUAUGCCUCCCCUCUGCCUUCUUCCACAGAAGCUCUCUUUGGGAAGCCCCCUUUUGCCUCCAGAUCAUUCUCAGAGCUAGAAGAAAAGAUUCGAAGCAAUCGGGUUAUUGAGCUCCCACUUCGGCCCCAACUCUCCUUAGACUGCCGUGACCUGCUGCAGCGGCUUCUAGAGCGGGACCCCAGCCGUCGAAUCUCCUUCCAGGACUUCUUUGCCCACCCCUGGGUGGACCUGGAGCACAUGCCCAGUGGGGAGAGCCUGGCACGAGCAACAGCCCUUGUGGUGGAGGCUGUGAAGAAGGACCAGGAGGGGGACACUGCUGCAGCCCUGUCACUGUACUGCAAGGCCCUGGACUUCUUUGUACCCGCCCUGCACUACGAAGUGGAUACCCAGCGGAAAGAGGCAAUUAAGGCCAAGGUGGCACAAUAUGUGUCUCGGGCAGAGGAGCUCAAAGCCAUUGUCUCCUCCUCCAAUCAGGCCCUGCUAAGGCAGGGCACAUCUGUCCAAGGCCUGCUGCGAGAGAUGGCCCGCGACAAGCCCCGCCUCCUUGCUGCCCUAGAAGUGGCCUCAGCUGCCAUGGCCAAGGAGGAAGAAGCUGGCAAGGAGCAGGAUGCCCUGGACCUGUACCAGCACAGCCUCGGGGAGCUGCUGCUGUUGUUGGCAGAAGCCCCAGGCCGAAGGCGGGAGCUCCUUCACACAGAGGUUCAAAACCUCAUGGCUCGAGCUGAAUACCUGAAAGAGCAGAUCAAGAUAAGGGAAUCUCACUGGGAAGCUGAGACACUGGACAAAGAGGGGCUGUCGGAGUCUGUUCGUAGCUCUUGCACACUACAGUAACAACGGAAGGACUAGCGGAUGGAACACAGGCCUAGAGAGAAGCUUUGUACCAACCCAGGUUCACACCUGUGCACCUGGGACCUUCCUGGAUGAACACCUCCAAGAUGGCCACAUCCUAGUUGCCAGUGUUCCUCUGAACAUUCUCCACUCCCGGAGGACAUGGUGGCCAGUGUACUGUGCCGCGUGUACUAAUCUCUGGGAGAAUUACUUUAAUAUGACUUUGUUAUUAGGUGAUUGCUGGAGUAAGCAUGCUGGCUUCAGGACAUCAUCACACUGUGUUUUGCUCUGCAGAGCGGAUAUCAUGCCUCUUCUGGGCCCGUCUGUUUUGGUUUUUGUUUUUUGGGGGGAGGGUUUUUUUUUGUUUUUUGGGGCUGGUUUUUGUUUUGUUUUGUUUUGUUUUUUUUUUGUUUUUGUUUUUUUGUUUUUUUUUUUUUU